AAGACCAGCAGGCAGCUUUAUCGUUACAGCUUAUGAGACUACUCAUCAACUCCUUCUCCAAACAACAAAAUUAGGUCUUGAAAAUAUCUUUGAUUCGGUUCCUCAGAAUUCUUGACUAUUGCAAUGGCAAUUUCUCCACAAAGUUUCCCACCAAGGAAACGACGGCCUCCGGCGAGUUCCUUCAUGACUCCCAACUUAUCUGACCGGAAUCUUCUCCAAUCAGUCCUCGAACUAUCUCGAGAGAUUUCAUCGUCAAAGCCUCUUCAGUUCCUUCAGAAACACAAUUCUUUGUCAAUUAUACGCAAAUCGAAGCUCCUCGCGAUCUUAUUCGAGGAGUUAUUUAGCAGUUCAGGAUUUGAUUUUUAUUCUCCGUCGAUGUCGAUUCUUCUCUGUUUCGAAGAACUGUACAUAGUUUUGCAGAGGAUCAAGGCUCUACUUGAGGAUUGCUUUAAUGGAUGCAAGCUGUGGCUGUUGAUGCAAAACGAGUUGGUGGCGGGAAGUUUUCAUGAGUUGACGGUGGAAUUGUCGACCCUUUUGGAUAUAUUUCCGGUUAAAGAGUUUGAUUUAAACGAAGAUGUGAAAGAGCUUCUUAUUCUGAUCAGAAAGCAGAGUUCGCAGACCAAACUGUACAUAGACCCACGAGAAGAUAAUCUCCAGCAAGAGGUAUUAUCCAUCCUUGAUCGCAUUAAAAGAGAGAUCGUACCUGAUCAUUCAAAACUAGCUGAAAUUUUCAAGAGGUUAGGUUUGUGCGAUUCCUUGAGUUGCAGAGAAGAAAUUGAGAGCCUAGAAGACGAGGUCCGGAACCAAGUCGACGAGAAAUCCAAAUCGGAGGUAGUGGGUCUGAUCGGACUCGUUCGCUACGCCAAAUGCGUCCUUUUUGGACCAUCAACGACGCUGAGCUCCAAUUACCGGCGUCGAAAAUCGAUAUCGGAGAUGAAUGUUCCGUCGGAUUUCCGAUGCCCGAUUAGCCUCGAGCUUAUGCGGGACCCAGUAGUCGUGGCGACAGGUCAGACGUACGAUCGCGAGUCUAUCAACUUAUGGAUUGAAUCGGGACACAACACGUGUCCAAAGACAGGUCAGAACCUGGCCCACAACAACUGGAUACCUAACCUUGCUUUGAAGAAUCUAAUCGCCAUGUGGUGCCGCCAGCACCGAAUACCUUUCGAUGCCGCGGACGGCAACCAAAAGUUAAACGGCGUUAUAAACAAGGCUGCGUUGGAGGCUACUAAGAUGACAGCGUCAUUUCUGGUCAACAAACUCUCGGUCUCACAGUCACCGGAAGAAUCCAACGGUGUAGUUUACGAGCUUCGGAUUCUCGCGAAAGCAAACUCGGAUAACCGAGCCUGUAUCGCUGAGGCCGGUGCGAUUCCUUUCCUUGUGACGUACUUAGGCUCGGAUGUCGCUUCAAAGCUCCCCAACCUACAAGUUAACGCCGUCACCACAAUUCUCAACCUCUCCAUCCUUCAAGCAAAUAAAACUAGAAUAGUCGAGACUGACGGAGCAUUAAAUGCCGUCAUCGAGGUUCUUCAAUCGGGUGCCACGUGGGAGGCAAAGGGCAAUGCGGCCGCUACGAUAUUCAGCCUUUCCGGAGUCCACUCCUACCGGAGGAAACUAGCGAGGAAGACACGUGUCAUAAAAGGCCUGACGGAUUUGGCUAGAGAUGGGCCCACGUGUUCGAGAAGGGAUGCCAUGGUGGCAAUUUUGAAUUUGGCGGGAGCCCGAGAGACAGUUGGGAAGUUGAUUGAGGGAGGAGUGGUGGAGAUGGCAAUUGAUGUGAUGAACGCGUUACCGGAGGAGGCGGUGACAAUCCUAGAAGCGCUGGUAAGGAGAGGUGGUUUAGUAGCAAUCGCCGCAGCCCAUAGUGCAAUCGGAAAAUUGGGUUUGUUACUAAGAGAGGGAUCGGAGAUGGCGAGAGAAAGCGCCGCCGCAACUCUGGUUACAAUUUGUCGAAAAGGGGGUUCGGAUAUGGUGGGAGAACUGGCAGCGAUACCGAGAAUUGAGAGAGUGAUAUGGGAAUUGAUGGGUGCGGGUACAGUGAGGGCAAGAAGGAAGGCAGGGACAUUGUUGAGAAUACUAAGAAGAUGGGCUGCCGGACUGGAUGGUCAGGUAACGGAGGGAUAUGGUAGUACAACAACGGCUGUGAUUCCCUCAAGAACAGCGUUGACAACCUAAAAUUUGAGAUUUCUCAUUUGAUUUUUUUGCUUAAUUUUUUUUUUUCAUUCUUCCGUCUGGUUUAAAUUUUAAAGAAUGUAAUUUGUUUAACGUUUA